GGAUAUUAUUGGAGUGUCAAAGAUGGCGCUCCCCAUGUCACGGUGAAACCUUACAGAACAGCGUGUUGGAAAAGAGACGUUGGUUUGAAACUAUCUACGGACACAAAACGCGCUUCGACAUUAAUGAAUAAAGUAGAUUUGACUCUAUAGGCGGAACAGAGGUCAGAGAUGGGCCUGAGUGAAAUUAGUCGUGGUGUUCGGCUGUUGUUGGGUCACAUUCAGCGGUGUGGUUCUGGUGUUGCUUCAAAGCACACAGCUCGCUGUUUGAGUCAGGCUGCCGCUCGGCCCGAGCCCACCCCGGAGGAAAACGAAGCCGUCAGUCCGAACUUUGUGAACAGAAACCCGCGGAACCUGGAGCAGAUGGCGCUGGCUGUGAAGGACCGGGGCUGGAAGACCACCUGGCCUCACCAGCAGUUCUACCACAGGUUGAUGUUCUCUCGCAGCCAACAUCACGUCACAGCAGAGGUGUUCUCCUGCACCUCUCCCGUCCCGGUGCUUUCCUGUUCGACUAAAGAGUGGGCCGUGAAGAAGGAGCUGGCUUCCACCAGCGGCGUGGCGGCGUGUCAGGCUGUAGGGGAGGUGCUGGCGCAUCGAUGCCACCAGGCAGGCAUCACGAGGAUGGUGUACAGGGCGAUUCCUUGGACAUACCGCUCAGAUGCAGUUCAGGCCUUCAGAGGUGCAAUGAAGCAGGGAGGAGUCAUCCUCAGUGAACCCAGAAGGAAAUACAUCGGGACAUAAAUUCAAACAUCAUCUGUCAUUUAAAUUGGUUUUAUAAACUUUCAUUGUAUCUAUUUUAAAAUGUUCUUUUGUCACAUUACUGUACAGAUAUUUCCAUUAGACACUAAAUGGCAGAAUUAGGAGAAUGUGAUCAAUAAUGUCAUUUGUAUCUAAAGAAUAAAAUCUACCUGAUCUCCUG